AUGCCCCCUUUUCAAGCAGUCGUUCUUACGCUAUUGAUGGCGCCUUCUGCUACUGCCGUCGUCACGACGAAUCGAUCACUAGGCACUCUUCUUGGCUGUCCUUCUGUUCGCUCUGUCGACUCGCCGUGCCUUUGGGCCGGAGAGAAUGGCCAAAUCGUGGACUCACGCGCGCUGCGUGAAUUAUUUAUUCAGCGCAACUAUGUCACUCAAGAAAACCUACGCAAUCUGGCGGAACACAUGACGUACAUUGAAGACGUGAAUAUGUACGCAAAUAAUGCUGGCCACAAGUUCUCGUAUCACAUGGGAGUGAACGAGCGGCACUUGACGUUAUCGCCUUACCGUAAGCUAACAGCGAAGCAGUUUGUAGAGCAGGAAAUGACCUCGGCAUAUUCUCGUCGUCUUCAGACUCAAACGAACAGUACGAUCUCAAGCGCAGGCAGCUUGGAUUACUGGAAUUGGUGUGACUCCGCCAACUCCAUGGGUUAUACUGUGUGUUCACCCGUGAAAAGCCAAAAGAGCUGCGGAAGCUGUUGGUCGUUUGUUGCUGCCGAUGCUAUUGAGACCGCUGUGGUGAUUGCUGAAAAUGCUUCAGCAGCCGUGUCCUUAUCUCCGCAGCAGUUCCUGACGUGCAGCACAUUUCAAACAACUCAAACGUUUGAGUAUUGCUGGGCGUCUGACAACGGUGUGCCUGGUGCUAGUUGGAUGGAGACGCAGAUUAUAUGGGAAUCCCAAAACGACGGAUGUAAUGGUGGAAUGACCCAUGGUGCCUUUAUGGAUGCGGCUCAAAACGGCUGGGGUCUUGUGACAGGGCUUACAAUGCCGUAUGAUGACACUAAUUCCGGGAACGUGUUGGACGCAAACGCUUCGUCGAUGUGUAAGGUUAGUGCAGAUCAAGCGGCUGCGAGCAUUACUGGUUAUGAACAGAUCGUGGGUAUCGAUUGUACCGUUUCCAGUAAUUGCACGUUGCUGCUGCGCAUGGCGCUGGAGAAACAGCCCAUUGCUGUAGCGAUCACGUCAAAUGGUGGUUUUGCAGAGUACGCCGGCGGGUUCUAUAAUUGCCCAAACAAUGGCGAGAUGUUAUCCAAGAAUGACCUGAAUCACGCUCUUCUUCUCGUGGGUUACGGUACCGACAGCUUGCAUGGCGAUUAUUGGAUUCUCAAGAACUCGUACGGUAGCUCGUGGGGCGACAGUGGCUUCAUGAAGUUGGUAGCGGACGCUAAGAUUAACUGUGGCUUGAACAUUUUUCCCGUCAUACCUAUUGGCGCGAAGGCAGGCGGUCAGGCGAGCACUGCUGUCGAUAGCGGAGGCGACAAGAUUUUUGUAGGAUUGAGCCCGUCGUCUUGGAUUGGUGUUGCCGCUGGAACCACGAUUCUCACGCUAGUUUUGACUGCUAUUGGCCUAUGGGUGUCGCACCAGAAAUUGAAGGCCAUUCGCAAGGAGAACUCGGCCAUAUAUAUGGCACAUGCUCCCACCAACACUCAGGAUGCGUAA